CUCAUCCUGUCAUUCAGAUGGGAUUCUACCACGAGACAAAUUUGCACCGAUGCAGCUGGCCUGUAAUUUCACAUCAUUUGAAUUGACAGCUUCACAAACAGUGUAUUAGUAGUCGGGCCAAAGCGUAUGCUGUAAUGUAAUUCUUGCGGUCUUCGGGGUGCUGCGAUAGAUCUCCCCACAAUGGGUCAGCGCCUCAGCGACGACGGCGACCCGGACAAAGAAAUAGAUGUGGCAGAGUUGCAGGAAUGGUACAAAAAGUUUGUGGUGGAAUGCCCAAGUGGAACACUUUUUAUGCACGAGUUCAAGAGUUUUUUUGGGGUCGCUGAUAACAAGGAGGCUUCAGAUUACAUUGAAAGCAUGUUUCGGGCCUUCGACAAGAAUGGUGACAACACCAUUGACUUUCUCGAGUACGUCGCAGCUUUGAACUUGGUCCUUAGGGGUAAAUUGGAGCAUAAAUUGAAAUGGACGUUCAAAAUGUAUGAUAAAGAUGGGAGCGGCUGCAUUGAUAGAACAGAGCUUCUUGAAAUUGUGGAGUCUAUUUAUCGACUGAAGAAAGCCUGUCAUGGGAAGCUGGAUGAAGAAUGCAAUCUUUUGACCCCAGACCAAGUAGUGGAUCGGAUAUUUGAGCUGGUUGAUGAAAAUGGAGAUGGCGAACUCUCCCUGGACGAGUUUAUCGAUGGAGCACGGAGGGACAAGUGGGUGAUGAAGAUGUUGCAGAUGGAUGUCAACCCUGGGGACUGGAUCAAUGAGCAAAGACGUAGUGUGAACUUCUAAAUGCUGGAGAGCGGACUGUCAGUCUGUCACACGCUCAGAGCGUGAGUGUGACAUGACGCCAAUCCUACUUCAUCUCCCUGCGCUUGCAUGAAUGUCAAUGCUGCUGUACAACACCGAGUAUAGCAUGUGUCUUUACAUAAAUGAAGUUAGAAAGACAAGAGAGAUAUACAAUAGUGUAUAAUAUCUAAAUUAGGAUUUCAUUGGUCUUCGUACAGACUUAGAUGUGAAGCUGACAAGUUACGUUUACCACGGGUCACCAUCGUGGUGCCUGCAGGCAGCAGGUAGCAAGAUUAUGUGUAGCCCCCGGGCCUGUUCUAAAAUGAGCUCACCAGUGAUGGAACAUCUUUUGUAGAAGUGGUCGUUUGAUACACCAGCAGAGGUUUACAGAAAUAAAGUUGCAUCUAACA